CUUGCUUCCCGUUCCAUACAGGACUGUCAGACACGGAAGAUUGGCCCUCGUACAGUCAUCACAUGGGCGAGUCCCCGUCCCCCGAUGCCGUUGCAGUGGUAGCAGCUAGUGCUGAUAUGCCGCAGCAUCCAGGGUAGUAGCAUGCCUUUGGGGUUACAAAAUAAAUAACCGGUCCCGGGAGGUUGUUUGCCAUUCAUUUUUGUUCCUUUGUCGGCGCCCCUCUUCUACUUUGCGCUCCUGUAGUUUUGCGACAGGACUUUUUGUUCGUUGUCUUGCAAGUAGCAAGUUUGUUUAUUCUCAGCUGCUUUUGACUGAAAAGGAAGACUAGCGACCCGGAUACCUACCGAGGCGCAUUGCCAGAGCUAUCCGCAUUAUUACCUCUCGCCGACCUACAUAUACACUAGUUUUCGGGGCAGUUCGCUACCUCAGCACCAAGUGGCGCAAUGGCUUGCCGGCCAGGAGAGGAAAACGUUGCGACGUUGUUCGGCGACGUGCACUAUUUCUACGGCUCACCAUCCACAGAUCCUCCUCACCAUCGCUUCGACAAGGGAUCAUAUGUCUACCUCUUUGAGAACGCAGCCGAGAGACGCGCGCGGAUCGAAAUAGCAAACCACCCGGGGACCGAGGCCCAAGAUGCCUUUGAUGGUGUUCUCGACAGUGUACAAGUUCGGUACUCUUACAAGCAGCAGUGUGUAGUCGGCAUGACGAUAGGCCACGUGCCGAACCACGAAGAGUGGCACCUGCCGUGGUACGACCCGCGCAACGAGACAAAGUACCACUACAAGCUUCACUCGCUGGACGUAUACUUUUGGACGCAGGCCGACGCCUUGCAGUUCGUCAACGGCGUCCGCCGCGUGCUGCCACAACAGCAGGUCGAGGUCCUCGACGAGCCCGCACCCCCACCCCGUCAGUUCCAGCCGCCGCCGUCGGCAGCGGACACAAGCGGCUUGGUGCAGAAGCUGGAGAAUGCCGCCAUCUCCACCGAGGCUGGCACGGAGCGCGCAGGAAGCGGCGCCAGCGGCGGCGCGUUGUCCUUUGCCCCGCCGCCCAUGUCGGCCGUUUCCGGCGCCAACAGCGACAACCCGCCGUCGUCAUCGUCGCUCCCGCCUCCCCCUCCGCCCCAGAACUUUGCCCCGAUGGCUUACAACCCGGCGGCACCAGCGGCGCCCGAAGCCAUACGCCACAGGGAAAAGACGCCGCCGCCGCCCGACGGAGGGCUCAACCCCCUGCAGCAGACCCUUGCCUAUGACGCCGGCACCCCGUUCUCCCCAGGGCUGGCGCCGAGCGGCAUGUCGGGCCCGCUGAGCCCGGCCAUCCCACCCCCUCAAUUUGGACAGGUCCCCGGCGCACCCAGUUUCCCCGGCCCACCUCAACCGCAGGGCGUCUCCAGUCCCGGCAUGGCUCCCGCCGGCUUCGGCCAACACCCUCACCCGGGCCUGUCUAGGGCACACACCGUGCCGGUGCAGUCCUUCGGGACCCCCCUAGCCAGCCCCUACGGAUCCGCGUUCCCGGGCAGCCCGGGCUUCCCGCCGAAUCAGCAAAUGAGCCACCCGUCCCUGCCGCAGACCCAGAACCCGACACCUCCCGCUCCGGGCACGCCCGGGUUGCCUCCUCCACCGCCGCCGCCGGCGUCGGCCCCGCUCACGUCCAAGGCCACGGCGGGCAUGGUUCCGAUGGACUACUCGAUCCAUCAGCAGGCCUACCGGCCCGACGAGGGCGAGAUGGAGCACAAGACCAAAUUCAAGUCGGACAGGGAAACCAGGAAGCUGGAAAGCAGCGCCUACCGGUUGGAAAAGGGCGUCACGGGCAUGUUUAAGAAGUUUGAGAAGAAGUUUGGAUAGACAAUCGGGUGAGGGCUUUGUCUCGUGUGGUCCGUUCGCUGCAAGCAGACUUUGCUGUAGGAUCGCUGUAAGGGUUGGCUAGCGAGCAGUAGUAAUUUUAGUAGCGGGGAAAUUAUCAGUAUAGUAUGUUUUUAACAAGACACGACAAUCAUGUUUCUUUGCAACCCGGAAAGCCCCCGGAAAGCCGGACCUCAAGUGUUCCUUGUUAGCGCUAUUUCCAGCUGGGACUAUUCUAGCAGUGUUUUAGUUAUACCUAGAACCAGACUUGGGCCUAAAUCUACCUAGAACUAGAACUAGAACUGGUCUGGAAACGAUGUCGACUUUUCUAUGG